AGUGAACUACAUGUAUAAACUACGACAAGGUUAGAUAUAUCAAAUAACAAGGUUUCUAACUUAUUGCGACUUACUUUUAAUGCUUUAUAAUGUGCAUCUCGUCAGUGUAGCAGCCGAUGAAUAAAAAAUGGCGAUGUAUUCGGUGUUAAACUUGUUGAUACUUAAAACUUGCUUAUGCAUUAUAGCCGUUAAUAGUUUCUUACUUAAUAAUCCAGUUGUGGAUACAGAUUGUGGAGCGGUGGAAGGAAUAGGAACAUCGGUCAACGAGUUCAAAGGAAUCCCGUACGCAGAACCGCCUGUUGGAAAUCUGAGAUGGAGACCACCAGUUCCAAAAUCAAAGACCGCAAAGAACUGUUGGACAGGAACAUUAAAAGCUAAUACGUUCGGGAAUUCCUGCUACCAAAGGGGAAUGGUUAACAAAAGUAUAACCUUUGGAUCCGAAGAUUGUCUCUAUUUGAAUGUGUGGACCCCAAAUACUAAUAAAAAUGCUAACCUCCAUGUAAUGGUUUGGAUCCAUGGCGGAUUUUUAAACUAUCUGAACGGAAACUGGCCAGCUUACAGUCCUUCUGAAGGGCUCGUUAAGGCUACAAACAUGGUGUAUGUUAGUAUGAACUAUAGACUUAGUGCUUUUGGUUUUAUGGCAUUGGAUUUACUAUCACAAAGGUCUCCGAAUCGAACAUCCGGGAACUACGGAUUCAUGGACCAAAUACUGGCUCUCCAAUGGGUACAAAGGAACAUACAUAAUUUUGGUGGCAAUAAAAAUUCGGUUACAGUGUUCGGACAGAGUUCUGGAGGUACAAGCAUUUAUGCUUUAUUGGCGUCACCGAUGGCGAAGGGACUCUUUAAUAAGGCCUGGAUGUUAAGUGCGUCUCCUGUCAUGAACAAGACUCUUGCUGAGGCGUCCACAGACAACUUGGUAUUUUUGAAAAAUACAAGAUGUUCAGACAUUAACUGUCUGCUGCAACUUCCGGCAGAUGACGUAUUAAAUGCCAUUCCAUGGGAUGUGUUUCCAUACUGGGAAAUGGCGGAUCAGAAUGAUCUUCCAACACGUGACCUUUUUGAUGGAGCUCUACCAGUAAUUGACGGUACCGUACUUCCGUUGGCGCCAAUAGAGGCUUGGAAACGAGGACAAAUGGUUGAUGUACCAGUAAUGAUAAGUACAACUGCUCAAGAAAUAGACAAUGGCCCGGCUGCUCCCGACAUUGCUCAAUGGACAUGGGACAAUUAUACCCAAAGGGUAACAGAUAAACUAAGUGAAUUUCCGGAAGUAAACAUAUCUCGUGUGUUUGACCUCUAUCCCUCUGGUGUGGAAAGUCCUGAAUACCAGUACACAUCUAUGGCAUCCGACUUACGGGUCACGUGUCCGAAUAUGGAGUUAGCUCGACAUAUGCAAACAUCAUUUGAUUCUCCAAUCUACCAUUAUGUUUCAAACGCUCGACCUCAAGUCCCUUCUAAACUUUUUGGACUUCCUCACGAUGCUCGCUACGCAGCGCAUGCGUGGGAUGUAAUUGCAUUUUUUGGUUCAAUAAAGCAUUAUUAUAAACCUACACAAACAGACAACGAUUUCAUACAAACAAUACGACGUGAAAUUGUAAACUUCGUGCAGACAGGAAAACCAUUUUCCGAUCGUUGGCAACCAUUUCCAAAUACAACUGCUUUAAUGGAGAGUAACUUAGGUGUAACCGAUUUUUACCACAAAGAGCAGUGCCAGUAUUGGUCAUCAACAGGGUUAUAUGCAUACGCUUGGGUUAAUUAAGUUACAAACGAUUUUUUUUUGUAAAUGACAGCUUUUUUUCAAAUGAAAUAAAGCAAUUGUUUUAUUUAUUAUAGAACAUUUUGUAAAUGAUGAAAAAAAAAAUAUAAAUGAACUUCUUGUA